CCGACGAAGCAGUCAAGUAUAGCCAAAGCAUUGGCUCAGCGAUUGGCUACUUUUUAUUUCAGCGUGGAUCGGCCGGCAUUAACGUCGCAAACACGUUCGCUGCGUGGUCGUGACUUUUGCGGAUACAAAAGCACAGAAAAAUUGUGUGAACUGUCAGAAAAGCCGAGGAGCUCCCUGGGAAUUCGAGCGUCAUACAUCACCUGGCUUAAGAGGCCUGAAAGGAGCACCGGCAAGCCUGAGACAACGCUGCACGUGGUAACAACCUGCCAUGACGCCGCCGGCUUAACCCUCCAUACGCGCUUUGUUUCCUCGACUACUUCAGUGUGAACUAUUUUGCCACCGCGAAACGCACCGACAAUGACGAAUGCGGACGUCGAAAACGCGUCCGUCGACGGUGUUUCGGCGCUGGAGACCAAAAUCAUCACUCAGGUUGAAUACUAUUUCGGCGACUUCAACCUGCCCCGCGACAAGUUCCUGCAGGGAAAGCUGAAGGAAGACGACGGCUGGGUGACCAUAGAGACCCUGCUGACUUUCAACAGGCUCAAAAGUCUCACGACCGAGUCGGACGUCGUAGCCACAGCGCUUCGAAAGUCCACCAGCCAGCUGUUGGAGGUUAGCGAUGACGGCACCAAGAUCCGUCGCAGUCCUGCCAAGCCCGCGCCGGAGAGCAACAAAGAACACUAUCAGAAACUGAACGAGCUGAGCGUCUACGCCAAGGGCUUCCCGCCAACGGCCACCAUAGACGAGCUUCUGGAGUUCUUCGGACGUUUCGGCAAGUGUAUCAACGUCUUCAUGAGACGCUACGCGAAGACUCGCACUUUCAAGGGCUCCGUGUUCGCCACCUUCGCCACGAAGGAAGAGGCCGACGCGUUCCUCGCCAAGGAGGACGUCAAGUACAACGAGCUCCAACUGAUCCGCUCCCUCAAGACGGAGUACAUGGCGCGCAAGAAGCGGGAACGCGAGGCCAGGUCGGAGGAGAAGGCUAAGAAGAAAGCCGCCAACGAGGAAGCCUCGGCUGAAGGAGGAGACGGAGGUGGAGACGCCGCCGAGAAGGGUGAGGCCCUCGAUAUCGUGCUCGGCUGCAUCCUGCGCGUCAAAGGGCUCGGCGAACAGACUACCUGGGAGAACCUCAAGGAAGCCUUCGCGCCGUACGCCAAGGUCGCGUUCGUCGACUACACCAAAGGGCAGCCCGAAGCCGUGCUGCGUUUCGCGGACGAAGGGUCGGCGCUCGCAGUCCUCGCCAAACUGGGAGCACAGGAAGAGCCCCUCAAGAUCAACGACAACGAGGUGACGGCGGAGGCUGUUGAAGGCGACGACGAAGUCGAGUACUGGAAGAAGCUGAUGGCAGCCAAGCAAGACCGGAAGAACCGACUCAAGAAUGUUCAACGGGGCAACAAGCAUCAGCCAAGGGGCCGUGGACAGGGUGGUAGGAGGCAGGAAAGGGGCAAGAAGAGAGCCGCUGAAGCAGAUAAGGGUGGGGAUAGCAAAGCUAAGCAGUCCAAGACUGAUGACGGUGUAGCUGCUGCCGAAUAAGCAAGAGGGAGUCUGCACGGUGGGUUUACCAAGUGGGACCUGCAACUGUUCUGUGGACAAUGUUUUUCACUUCAUUUAUCAUUUGUACUAUAUAUUAAGAACGGUCGGCAGUUGUAACCUUGUAAACCCUUCAUUCGCAUUAAAUGUACAUUUCGUGCGCCAUC